UUCUCAAUAGCUUACAAGCGAUAAGAUUGAAUAUUUCAACAUGGCAACUACCACUAGCCAAGUCAAUGGCGCUCCCAAGAAGAAGCUUAUCCUCAAUGCUUUCGUUGAAUCCUGCAGUGGUCAUCAGUCUCCUGGACUUUGGCGGCACCCUCAAGAUCGCUCUGCCGAGUUUAACGACAUUUACCAUUGGGUGGAGUUAGCUAAACUGCUAGAAAGCGCCCAUUUUCACGGUAUAUUUAUUGCAGACGUUCUGGGUCCCUAUGAUGUCUACAAAGGCCCCCGAAAUCCAGAUCCAGCAAUUAUUUCUGGAGCGCAAUUACCCGUUAAUGAGCCAUUAGUUCUUAUUCCAGCAAUGGCAGCAGCUACUAGAAACAUUGGAUUUGGAGUUACUAUUGCCACAACGUAUGAGCAGCCAUACCAUCUUGCUCGCCGUCUGAGCACCGUCGAUCAUCUCUCUGGAGGUAGGGUCGGCUGGAACAUUGUGACUGGCUAUCUCGACUCUGCUGCAAGAAAUUUGGGGCUCACGGAGCAGCCCCCUCAUGAUGAAAGAUACGCCAUUGCUGAUGAAUACGUUGAUGCAGUGUAUAAGCUAUGGCAGUCCUCAUGGAGAGAUGAUGCUGUAAAGCUUGAUCGCCAGAAGGGUAUCUACACGGAUCCUGCUCUUGUUAGGCCCAUCAAUCAUGUUGGAAAAUACUAUACCGUACCAGGGCCGCAUGUCUGCCAACCGUCACCCCAGCGCACUCCCGUUAUUAUGCAAGCCGGGACUUCGAAGGCUGGCAAGGCUUUUUCAGCGAAAAAUGCAGAGGCCAUUUUUGUAGCUGGGCAUAGCCCAUCUGUCGUUGCCAAGAAUAUCGCCGAUAUUAGAGCCGCAGCAAAAGACGAGUAUAACCGAGAUCCUAGCACCAUCAAGUUCCUAGCCAUGUUCUGUCCUAUCAUUGGAAAGACACAGGAAGAAGCCGACGCAAAGUACCUCGACUACAUCCAGUAUGGCUCUGAAGACGGUGCUUUGGCAUUGUUUGGUGGCUGGACCGGCAUCGAUCUAGCUCAGUACGGCGACGAUCAAGAGCUGCGCCAUGUCGAGUCCAAUGCUAUCCGAUCCGCGGUGGAGGCCUGGUCCAAGGCUUCACCUCAGGUUCCAAAAUGGACCAAGCGCGCUGUAGCGAAGCAUAUACAAGUCGGUGGCUUAGGGACUACAGUAAUCGGCACUCCAGAAAAGGUAGCUGAUGAAAUGGAGCGAUGGGUUAGAGAAGCUGAUAUUGAUGGUUUCAACAUUGCUUAUGCUCUGUGGCCUCAAACCUUCCAGGAUGUUAUUGAUUUACUUAUUCCAGUACUGAAAGAAAGAGGGCUUUUCUGGGAUGGAUACGCUGUUGAUGGAGGAACGUACCGGGAGAACCUCUACGGGAAGAAGGGAGUCGCUCGCCCGCCAUCAGAUCAUCCCGCCGCAAAAUAUCACUGGAAAGCUUGA